AAGCUCCCCAGUCCGCUACAAAUACUCCUCGGUUCAGUUUUUAAUUCAUGUGCUUUCAGUCCGACACAGAAAAGGAACCGCGUGUUUUCAUUACUCAUAAGAGAGCCUCCCUGCAAAGCCUGUAACUCGUGGCGGGACUUCUGUGUAAACCCUUUUCAAAACUUUCCCUCAACUUUUCGACAGGGCAAAGUUAGUUUCAAAAAAAGCAAGAGGCACGUUUUUGUUGUGCGUUAGAGUAAGAGUAAAAUUUUCUCGGUGAAAGGAAGUUAACCUGUCCAACCAUCCUUCCAGCGUUCAGUCUUGCUACUUGCAUCUGCCAACAAUGACGCGAAGGUCCUGCGCUAUCUACACGGUGGGGGUCAUCUGCGCCCUCCUGCUGGUCAGUGGAAUCGCCUUGAUGGUGGCUCAAGUAUUCCGCAAUUUGAUGCACAAACGCCUGAAAAAGGAAAUUGUUUUAGUGGAAGGUAGCCGCGUGUUCGAGUCAUGGAAAUCCCCUCCCCCUCCUGUCUUCAUGGAGUUUUUCUUCUUUAAUGUGACCAAUGUAGAAGAGGUCCUUAAUGGGGAAAAACCAGAAGUCAACCAGAUUGGACCCUACACCUACAGAGAGUACCGGUAUAAGGACAACGUCACCAUGCUGGACAAUAAUACAAAGGUGUCGGCGUACAACGCCAAAAGCUUUGUGUUUCUGGGGGAUAAGUCUGUUGGUGACCCAGAUGUCGAUAACAUCACCACUGUCAACAUUCCCAUUUGGGCUGCAAUGAACAAGGCGCAGGGAUUGAAGAGCUUUUUCUUGAAUUUUAUGAUAAAAGGCACCAAAAGUCGUCUCUUCACCACUCGAAGUGUUCAGGAAUUACUUUGGGGUUAUGAAGAUGCUUUGUUGGACCGCAUUGCCUCAUCCGGUACUGAUGUGGAGAGGGUUUUUGGCCUCAUGUACAAGAAAAAUGAAAGCAGCGACGGAGAAUUUGUCUUCCACACCGGAACGCAGAACUACUUAGAUUAUGCACGGAUCGAAACAUAUAAAGGGGAAAGGAUGCUCAAAUACUGGUCAUCUAAUGAGAGCAACAGCAUCCUUGGAUCAGACGGAAGUGCUUUCCAUCCCUUGCUAAACAAGAGCGAACGUCUUUAUGUCUUCUCUCCUGACCUGUGCAGGACUAUCUACAUGGAGUUUGAGAAGGAUGUUGAGGUGAAAGGAGUCCCCGCCUACCGCUUCACACCUCCCCGCUCUGUUUUGGCCAGCAAGGAAGAGAACCCGGCCAACAAAGGUUUCUGCGUCACCCCUAAAGAGUGCCUGGGAACUGGGGUCCUCAAAGUCAGCCCCUGUCGGAAAGGUGCCCCUGUGGUUGCCUCUUUUCCUCAUUUCUACCUGGGAGAGGACAAAUAUAUAGAAGCGAUUGGAGGAAUGGCCCCUCAAAGGCAUCAUCACCAAACGUUUUUAGACCUCAACCCGACAACUGGAGUGAUUGUGCGUGCAAGCAAAAGAGCUCAGGUUAACAUCUUGAUCAACAGAAUCUCUGGAUACCCAGACACUAAAUUAUUGAAAGAAACAGUCUUCCCUGUUAUGUUCCUCAAUGAGAGUGUGGUGAUCGAUGAUGCAUCAGCAGCGAAGAUGAACAAGCUGCUCAUGAUUGUCAAAGUGGGGUCCAACUUCCCCCUCAUUAUUGUGGGACUAGGUGGGAUCAUGCUUAUUGUCUUCAUCAUCCUCCUGAUCAGGGCCCAUCAACAGAAGAAAAGAGUUAAGCGCAUUGUGUUUACCAAGGCUGCCUAUGCUACCGCAACUGAAGAGGACAUCUCCUAUUCACCAGCCAACACUAAGGAGAAGGACGAUGGCCAGAAUGGAAACUACAUUGGCAUGACGACUAAAACGGAGCAAUAAACUUGGGAAUGAAGAAUAGGAUGGAGCUGCAAGACAGGGUGGUGUGGCAUCCUUUUCAUUUUAAGCACAAUGUAUUAAAUUUUCUUGGUUAAGCACACGCCACCUACAGUCCAGGUAUAGCCAUUGGAAUCCUAAAAGCAGUUCUUUUUAGGUUAUGUGCCACCAAUCUGUUUUUAACUGGCUGGAUUCUUGUCUUGGUCAGAGCUCAGUGCUGUCAGAUUAUGAAGUGCUCCUAAGCCAGGCACCAAGUGUUAUUUAGGGAAGCAGCUCAUUGGCAUCUGUAAAUGUAGUAUUCGUAAGUCAGAGUCGUCACUCUCAGGGGGUCUCCUGCCCAGCUGCUGUCAAACAUUAUUAAAGCAGGAUAGACAUAAAACUGCAAGUACCGGUAAUCUCUUUUUUCUAAAGACAUUUCAAUCAGUUCAGUGUGAUUUUGUCCAAUUUCCCUUUUAUUCACUCAGUGUUGCAAAACAUUUAUUAUUUUAUAUGUAGGUAGUCCACUUAGAACUACCUACAUAUAGUCAUGAUGUGAAGUGAGUUUUUUGUAUAGACUGUGGGAGUUGAUCAACUUUUUGUUGCCACGUUUUACUUAAAGGUUUUAGCUAAUAUGUAACCUGCAACUUUAUAAAAACUAUCCUACUGUUUUCAUUUAAAAUGAAUCCAGAUUAAUUAAUGCAAGAAGCGAAAGGUAAUGGUUAGCCCAAAAAACUCCCUUCACUCCCUAACAUUAUUUUGAGAACUCUUAAAUUGUUUUAUAUUUUUCCAUCAGGCAUUUAUUUACAGAAAACUAUAUGAUUAGUUUGACAAGAAAUCAGCAUAGGGAUAGCAUAUUUGAAGCUUUUCAAGUCAAAAUAGCUGCAUAAUAGAAAAGUCAGGCAGAGCAAAAAAAAAUUUAGAUUUGUUUUUUACCGUUACAUUCUCUGUACAAUGUUUGCGUAUAGGGAGAUCAUUGUUACUUGUACACCUCAUUCUCUAGUAUCACUAAACUCAUUCUCUAGCAUCUAUGAUGCCAUUCAUAGAUGCUAUGAAUGGCAUCUCCAUUCAUAGUAAAUGGAGAUGCCAUGAAGUAUCUACUGCAGAAGCAGAACUUCUCACACAUCCUGAGCCAUCCCUUUCAUCAGAAAGUUUUUAUAUACGCUGUUCAACUGCCUUUACUAACCAACAUGUUAUUCAGAAAAUUAUUUUUAACUUCUCUAGUUGUGCCUUUGUAAAGGUCAGGACUGUUGUGUGCCUACUAUUGUAUUUGUUCUUUACAAAUGGAGUAUUAUGCCAUUUGGAUUUGUCUUCUUCUUCCAGCUUCAAGCAAAAGUAGAACAUAAGACUCAUGGAAGUUUUUUUUUUCUUUUUCUUUUGUAAUGAAAUCAGAGACACGAGGCUGUUUUUAUUUGAUGUGAAUUUUGAUGCAAUCUUGAAAAUGCUGUGGAAUGAUUCAAGUGAAACUGUGAUGAGCCUCAGCUGUGAUGACCGCUCCUAAAACAUGCCAGGAGGGAUCUGAGUAGAAGUUCCCUAUGCACAUAAAUGAAAAAUCAUGAUGUACAUAUCAGACAGUGGAGAGCGUCAAUACAAUUAUAAACAAUUAAAAAAGUUAAAUGGAGCUCCAAUGCUGUUGCAAUUUUUAUUUCAUGCGAGCAGUACAUGUCUGGGUAGACAUGAUAGAAAGGUUGUUGCUUUUGUAAUGAAAAAUAAGCAGUAUUAUACAACGGAAAUCUGUCAAAAGGCUAAAGGACGGUAAAUUAUUUUUGUUACACUUACAAAACCAAAACACUGACAAUGUAGAUACUAGUCUGGGAUUCUCUGUACCAAAUUUUGAUCACGAUGUUCUGUUCUGUGAAAUUAUUGUUACUACUACAACCACAUAUUGCUCUGAUUGUAAGCUUUUGAAAUGUUGACUGUUAGCAAUGUUUUUACUGUGUUCACAACAAUAAAGCGUAGUUUUAGUA